AAGAGGCAAUUGAGUGGAACCAAAUAAGCGCAGUCUGGUGUUUGUUUUGCAAUUUCCUUAAAAUUCUGUUUUGCAGCUAGGAGCAAUGGCGGGAACGAAUUGGGUUAUUGAAGUCAACAAAAAGGUUGAGAGCAUGAUGGAUACUGAUAAUUCCACGGAGGAGGAGCGGUGGAAGAAGAGUGCAAUCUACAAAAUACCUGCAUUUGUCACAGACCUGAAUAAGAAAGCCUACAGGCCUCAGGCAGUCUCGUUUGGUUCUUAUCAUCACGGGGAAGAUUAUCUGAAGCCAAUGGAGGAGCAUAAGCAAAGAGCCCUUCUUCAUUUUCUAAAAAGAGCAAACAAACCUUUACAAGUUUUUGUUGAUUCUUUAACUGAAGUAGUGCAGGUUUUGAAAGACUACUACGAUCCUCUUGAUAUAUUUUGGCAGGAAGAUACUAGAUUUCUGCAAUUGAUGAUUCUUGAUGGCUGUUUCAUGCUGGAGAUCUUACGCAUUGCUACUUAUACAUUGGAUGACUAUGCACCCAAUGAUCCAAUUUUUAGCAAUCAUGGGAAGCUCUAUAUCAUGCCAUAUAUAAUGCGUGACAUGCUGAUGCUUGAAAAUCAACUGCCAUUAUUGGUUCUGGACAAGCUGGUGGCUGUUGAAAGCGGUAAAGAAAUGGAUGAAGACUUUGUCAGCAAGCUCAUUCUCAUGUUCUGCUUUCCUGAUGCCCCUGUCUCAAGCCUGGGUAAGUGUUUGCAUUCAUUGGAUGUGUACAGGAAGAGUUUACUUCAAAAACAUGGUGGGGGAAAGCGUCGCAGCAGAUUAAGAAGUAGACGCCAUAAAAGUGGUGACAAUAUUAUCCGGUCAGCAGCAGAGCUCAAUGAAGCAGGAAUCCGGUUCAAGAAAAGUAAAACUAGAAGCUUGAAAGACAUCUCAUUCCGAGGAGGAGUCCUUAGGCUUCCAGUAAUUGUGGUGGAUGAUGCAACUGAGUCAAUCUUUUUGAAUUUGAUAGCCUUUGAACGGUUCCAUGUUGGUGCAGGCAAUGAGGUAACAUCUUACGUCUUUUUCAUGGACAACAUCAUUGACAGUGAGAGGGAUGUUGCCCUCCUACACUCGAGAGGGAUCAUCCAGAAUGCUAUUGGAAGUGACAAAGCUGUUGCUAAAUUGUUCAAUUCUCUCUCUAAGGAUAUUUCGCUCGAUCCAAAUAGCAGCCUAGAUUUUGUUCAUAAGAGGGUCAAUGCCUACUGCAAGAAGGCUUGGAACGAGUGGCGUGCCAACCUCAUUCAUACCUAUUUCAGAAAUCCCUGGGCUAUCCUGUCUCUUAUUGGUGCAGUCUUUCUUUUCGCCCUCACUAUUGCUCAAACUGUGUAUUCUAUAUAUCCCUACUACCAAAAUAAUGAAUCUACACCACCACCAUCUACCCCUAUGCUUCCUCCGACACCCUCUCCUCUGCCUUAUUCAAAACCACCUUCACCCCACCCCCGCCAAUGAUUCCCAUCAUUCCAUUCGGGAAUCCUACUGUUUUUCGUGGCCAGGGAUUGCUCUUCUGGAUUAAUUCUGUUUCCCUUAAGUAUUGGUUUAUUUGAUUUGCUCUUAAAAAUUGG